AUGCAUUCAAUCAUACCUUGUCUGAGCUGAAUAGGUAUUGUUAAUUAAAGACAAUGGGGCAUUCUGUGUUGUUCCGGGUUCUCUUUGCAGGAAUGUGUAUUUCUAUGUUGGAAGGAGAACGAAGUUAUCAUCAUAACGGAGGAGGUUACGGAGGACAUGACGGAGAAAUAAAUACAAAUUCAGGAUGCCAUUCCGAUUCAGAUUGUCAACAUCAUCAUUGUGAUAAUGGCCAAGCGCAUUGUUAUAAUGGAGGAUGUCAUUGUAAAGGAUGCCAUUUCGAUUCUGAUUGUCAUUAUCAUCAAUGUAACAACGGCCAAACGUCAUAUUGUGAUAAUGGAGGAUGUCAUUGUAAAGAUUCAGGAUGUUAUUCCGAUUCAGAUUGUUAUUAUCAUCACUGUUAUAACGGCCAAACUCAUCAUUGUGAUAAUGGAGGAUGCCAUUGUAGAGAUUUGGAAUGUAACUCCGAUUCAGACUGUCAACAUCACUCGUGUAGAAGUACAGAAACGCCUUAUUGUUCAUCUGGAAGCUGCCAUUGUAAAGACAUAGUGUGCGAGAUCCAUUUAGAUUGUCAGUACCAUCAUUGUGAUACCAAUGAAACACCAUACUGUGUUUUUGGUAGCUGCUUCUGUAAAGCAAUUAUACAGACAACGGCAACGGCAGCGUAUGAAACAACAAUGACUACUACAACUAAAGCACCACCACCAACAACAACAACAACUGAAGCACCGACAACAACAAAAACAACUGAAGCACCGACAACAACAACAGUUAAAGCACCGACAAAAACACAAGACCCAAUCACAGUAGAUCCACAACUUCUAAUAAAAUGUUUGAAUCACACCGAGUGUAGUAGUCAUGUUUGUCCGGCUGGUAAACACCAAUACUGCAGCUUUGGUCAGCGUUCAUCGGAUUGUCAGUGUACCGUAUGUACAGAUGACAGUCAUUGCCCUUCUCCUGCGGGACUAGUAGGAAAAUGUCAUUUUAACUAUUUCGACCGCACCUAUUCCUGUGUUUAUGGAAUUGCACCAGACACAACAACACAACCCAAAGACACAACAACAGUUCCCCCAACAACAUCACAGCAUGAGACUACCACAACACAACAAACAACGCUGGCAUUAGGCAUUAGGAGUUGCCACAUCUGUGGAGACAAUGACAACGGUAUACCGUGCGACACACGAUCCAUUUACACCGGCAAUCUUCAACAGUGUGGUCCAGGUGAAGAUUUCUGUAUGACGGACUUGAUACACAAUGGACAGCCGUUUCCUACUAUAUUCAAACGGUGUGUUAGGGAGGAAGAGUGCCGAAACAAGUGGCUCCACCAAACAUCUGACCUUGAACACUGUACUAACUAUGGCAACGUCCUUGUAGAAGGUCACUACAGCUGUCACUUCUGUUGUACAUCGGACGGAUGUAACUCGAAUCAGAUUCCUGAGAAAUCCACACUAUACAUUAAAGCCUGAGCUUAACAGUAUAUGAAGUGUGAUGUCAACUUUUUUAAUAUCAUAAAACGAAUAAAAUAGUCUUAUUUUCGG